AUGGUCGGCACCCUGUACCGCCUCGACCUGCCCACCGGCGAGUGGACGAAGCUGUGGCCUGCCGAGGAGGACGGCGGCGCAUCGGCGGCGCAAGGGCCACAGCCGCGCUACUUCCACAGCGCGUGCGCGUGGGGCGACAAGCUCGUCGUCUUUGGCGGCGAGGGCUACGGCGGCGACGACGCGCCCGCAGGCGGCGCGGCAGAGCCCCCGUCGUUGUCGUCCGAGACGGACCCGGCGCACGCGCUGCGCACGCUCGGCGACGUGUGCGUGUGGGACACGGUCGAGGGGCGGUGGCUCGACGGCGAGACUGGGUGCGCCGAGGGCGUCGAGCGGCCGGCGCCGAGGUACGCGCACCUCGGCGUCGUCACGAGCGUCGCGGUCGAGGGCAGGGACAAUGCGGUCAUGGUCAUCAUGGGCGGCCAGGACGUCCGCAACACCUACCUGCACUCGACCAACACGCUCGACCUCGACUCGAUGACCUGGGUCAAGAGCGGCACCUGGGACCGCCACAUCGGUACCUACCGCGCCGUCGCCGCCGCACCUCGCUACACCGUGUCGCCCUCCACCUCGACGCCCUCUCCUCUCGCCGACACGUCCGCCUCGCUCGACCCGCUCAUCCAGCUCAGCCACUCGACCGUCGUCGACGACGCCGACCCAGAGCCCCUCGUCCUGUACUCGAACUUCAACUUCUCGCAGGUCCGGCGCGACCUCGACCUCCUCGAGUCGCCUUUCACGACCUCGUCGGCGCCGCCCCUGUCGGGCACGUCCCUGUCGUCGUCCAUGACGGGCUCGUCCUUCCCUCCCGGCCUGCGGUUCCCGACCGGCGCCAUCGUCGGGCGCCACCUCCUCGUGUUCGGCACCUUCCUGUCGGCCGCCGUCAACAACUUCUCGGUGUGGGCGCUCGACCUCGGGCCCGGUGGCGCAAAGGGCGUCAAGGAGCGCAUCGCGCGCGGCGACAAGCUCGAGUGGAUGCGCAUCGACCCGGGCAGCGUCCUCGCGCGCGGCAGCUGGAACCGCGCCGUCGUCUGGAGGAACACGGUCGUCGUCCUCGGUGACCGAGAACGCGACAUCGCCCUCGACUACGACCACCGCCAGGCCAACUUUACGCACCUCGCCGUCGUCGACCUCGAGUCGUUCGGCAUCUACCAGCCGCCGACCCUCCCGCUCCCGCUCGAGGCGCAAGCCCUCGGCCUCUACACCCUGUCGCUCCCGACCCUCGCCGACUUCGAGAUCGUCUGCUCGGACGGCAAGCGCCUCGGGUGCUCGCGGCAGGUCCUCGUCGAGCGCUGGCCGUGGUUCAAG